GUCUGCCUGGCCCAUUUCUCAGCUGAGCGGCGGAAAAUGCAGCGCCACUUCCCAGUAGUUUUCCGCAAGAGAUCCGAUCCAUGCAAGUCCACCAAACGACAGACGAGCUGGACACGCAAUCGGCUUUAAACUGAAACUCAGGUUCGUCCAGGCAACCAAUAUUCACUACAGCUACUUGUUUAUUUGAUUUAGUUAUUAGAUCAAUGAAUGUGUAGGACGAAGAAUAUUUAAAAGUCUAGGCAUCUCCAGCCCGUAUUCUUUCGUACUUUUAUCAUGAUAUUCAGCUUCUCAUUAACAAAAUCUCCUAUUCUCUUAUUUCAAAAGUAGAAAAAGGGUAAUUUUAAUUACUUAUUCUAGCCUCUACUACCCCUACUACCUCUACCAUGGCAAACUACGACAUCCAAAUCAUUUCCGACACCGUCUGUCCCUUCUGCUACCUCGCCCGAGCCCGUCUCAGUCGUGCCAUUGCCCUCUUCAAGAAAACCGUCCCCAACGCAUCCUCGUCCACAUUCACCAUCCGAUGGCACGCCUUCCAGCUGGACAAGUCCAUCCCGCACGGCCAAUCCACCAGCGUCCAGGACAUUGCCGUGUCACGCUUCGGCGCCGACCGUCUCGCUGCCAAACGCGCGCGGAUGGCGCAGAUGGGCGACCAGGAGGGCUUUGGGUUUACGUUUAGCGGAAGGAUUGGCAACACGAGGGACUCGCAUAGGUUGUCGCAUUUGGGACGGGAGCUGGGUGGGCACGAGUUGGAAGACAGGGUGCAAAUGGCCAUGAUGAAGAUGUUUUUCGAGGAGGGCGGCGAUAUCACGAGCCAUGAGGAUUUGGUCGCUGCGGCGGAGAAGGCUGGGAUUGAGAGGGACGUGGCGAGGAAGUGGCUUGAGGAUGGGUCUGGAGGUGAGCAAGUUGAUCGGGAAGUCGAGGAGAUGGAGAAGUUGGGGAUGAAGGGCGUGCCGAAGAUUAUGGUGGAUGGCAAGUUUGUGAUUGAGGGUGCGGAUGAUGUGACGGCCAUGUUUGAGCAGCUUUACAGGGCAAAGGAGGAGAAGGAGAAGAGUGAGAGUCUAGUGUAGAAUCUUAUAUAGAGGCAAGCACGCUAUCGC